GCAUGCUUUCAGCCGCUGCUCGUUCGUUAGAAUCUCCAUACGGAGGAGCACCAACAGAGUGAGAAGGAGAGAGAGAAGGUCUUCGAUUGCCGAAAAAACACUUGUUUUCUCGCCGGAAAAACAGUCUGUGUGCAUAUUUACUCCGGGGGAGAAUCAUUUGCGCCGGGGCUCUGAUUACUUGAUACGAGCCAUCUUUCACUUAGAUUUUCCAAUCAAGGGAGAAGGAACUUUCUAUAUUCUAUUGAGAAAAAAGCCUAAGCGAAGGAUCCUUCGGUGGAAGAGGAUUUUCUUUUCAUUUUCCUUUUGCUUGGUAAGGGAUUUGUGUGGUGACGGUCAUGCCGUAUCUGGUGCGCGAUCGUCUGUUCAUCGGCAACAUCAGUGACGCUGCCGAAAUUCUGCAGAACGGGAGCACUGAAAUCACACACAUUCUAUCACUUCUCAGCUCGGCAUCCAUCUCAUUCUUUACAGAAUGGCGGUCCAGUCUAUCCAUUCCUUCAAAGGAAAUCCGCAAGGUUUUUAUUGGAGAAUCUGGAAACGCUUCGACCUCUGAAGAGGAUGUUGGUGAAGGUUGUAAGAAGUCGCUGCCACGUGAGAAACUUCUCUACUCGCUUGAGUAUGCCGGAAAGGAUUUGAAGCUGGUAAGAAUGGCGGUUCCUUUGAGAGACACGGAGAACGAGGAUUUGUUGGAUUACUUGGAUGUGUGUUUAGAUUUCAUUCACGAGAAUAGAAAAGAGGGGGCGGUUUUGGUGCAUUGCUUUGCAGGAGUGUCAAGAAGUGCUGCUAUUAUUACAGCAUAUCUGAUGAGAACUGAGCAAUUGUCUCAAGAAGAUGCAAUUGAAUCUUUAAAGGAAAGCUGUGAGUUUGUUUGCCCGAAUGAUGGAUUUCUGGAACAGUUAAAAAUGUUUGAAGACAUGGGUUUCAAAGUUGAUACUUUGAGCCCCAUAUACAAGCGUUUUCGCCUGAAAGUUUUGGGUGAUUCAUAUAACCGUGGGGAGAGGAUAGACAGUUCUAAGUUUGGGGCUGAUCCCGGUUUGCCCAGUGAAGCUGAAUUUUCUGAGGUAGCAGCAGGUAAAGCGACUAAGUCCACUCCUGCCUACCGAUGUAAAAAGUGCAGGAGAGUUGUUGCAUUGCAAGAUAAUGUUGUGGAUCACACUCCUGGCGAGGAUGAGACAUAUUUUGGAUGGCAAAAGGAGAAAAGUGGCGAUCCUUAUAACAGGUCGUAUGAGUGCUCAUCUAUCUUUGUUGAGCCCUUGCGAUGGAUGACCACAGUUGAAGAGGGUGGAUUGGAAGGCAAACUGUCCUGUGUUCAUUGCGACACUCGAUUGGGGUACUUCAACUGGUCAGGCAUCCAAUGCAGCUGUGGUAGCUGGAUCACUCCUGCCUUUCAGCUCCACAAAAGUCAGCUUGACAUUAGUACUAUGUAAUGUGCAUUGAUGCUCCACUUGUGGCUUGACACUCGUAAAGAUCUCCUGCGACUGGAGUUGUGGAUACCACCCUAGCUCCCAUGGACUAGGAUAAGGAAAGGUGCAAAAGCGUUGAAAACGUUAGUAGCAAAAGUUUCCUAAUAAAAAUUGAAUACUUUAAUCACAUUGUAUACAAUUUAUGGGUGGCUUUAUAGACAAGCUUUCUUGAGCUUUGCCUGGUGUACAGUUCUAGGCUUUGGAGCUUCGAUAGAAGUUGUAGAUGGAGCGGUUCAAUCUUGUCGCAGUCAUAUUUGCAAUAUGCGUGGUGUUCAAUAAUUGAUUGCGUAUUCAUCAUUUUCUCAGGGAA